UCUUACUAACCUAAUUUGAAUACCGCAUCUAUAAGUAAAUGUGGCCUCAGCGGAGGCGACUCUUUUCUCAGGUGUUAGCGUUAGUGUUCGAAUUUUUAACGCUACAAUGCCUGAACCCACCAAGUCCGCUCCGGCCCCGAAGAAGGGCUCCAAGAAGGCGGUAACCAAGGCGCAGAAGAAGGAUGGCAAGAAGCGCAAGCGCAGUCGCAAGGAGAGUUACUCCGUGUACGUGUACAAGGUACUGAAGCAGGUCCACCCGGACACCGGCAUCUCGUCCAAGGCCAUGGGCAUCAUGAAUUCGUUCGUCAACGACAUCUUCGAGCGCAUCGCGGGCGAGGCGUCGCGCCUUGCGCAUUAUAACAAGCGCUCGACCAUCACUUCCAGAGAGAUCCAGACGGCCGUGCGCCUGCUGCUGCCCGGGGAGCUGGCCAAGCACGCCGUGUCUGAGGGCACCAAGGCUGUCACCAAGUACACCAGCUCCAAGUAAACUUGCCAAGAAAGAAGGAGGAGGAGCAUGGGGAAAAGAAGAAAGGGGAGAGAUAUGAGUGCAGAGAAGAAAUGAAUGCAAACAGUAAAUGAAAAUGAGAAUCUGGCCAUAGAAGUUAUGAAGUAUGAUGUCUGACCUGCCUGAGAUGAUAGAUUAGUGUGUAUAUCCCACCAAAAUCCUACCCAUCCUGAUUUGCUGCACACUGACUUAUCAAAAGGAGAUCACUACCUGAGUGGAAGAGCCUAAACAAGGUGUUUUAGCUUUUUCAUUUUAUUUUUAUUUACAUUAUAAAAACAGAAUUUACUUCUGUUACAGGCAUAAUUACUGGGAACUCAUUAUUUACCGUGGACUACCUUUGCUGGGGGAAGUCUGAAAGGAUGGCAAAACAUUUGUAAAU